CUCUUCUCUCAGAUCUGCGUCGUCUGACUCAUCGAUCUUGAAGAUGGCCGGUUGCUUUAGUCGCCUCAGGUGGUUCCCACAACAUCUCUCACCAUCGUCUUCCAGGGCCAUCAAAGUCCCGCCACCACUGCAUCGACAUGCCAACAGGUUUCUCGCCACGGCAGCAGCAGCAGCACCAUCAGCAUCAGCAGUUGAUUCAUCAUCACUACCACCACAAGCAGCAGGACCACAGACACAGACAGCAGCAUCAGCAGCCCCGCCCCCUCCACCUCCUCCUCAGAGCGACAGUGAGUUCCUUCCCCGGCUGCGCAACAUCGGCAUCUUUGCGCACAUCGAUGCGGGCAAGACGACCACCACCGAGAGCAUCCUCUACAACGCCCAGGUCAUCCACACCAGAGGGGCGGUGGACGAGGGCACCGCCGUCAUGGACUUCAUGGAACAGGUAACAGGCCACUCAGAGUGGCACUCACAACACGGCAACACGUCCCCCUCUCUCUCUCUGUGUGUGUGUGUGUGUGUGUGUGUGUGUCUGUAUUGGAUAUACAGGAGCGUGCGCACGGCAUCACGAUUCAGUCGGCGGCCACGACGUUCAUCUGGCAGGACUGCAAGAUCAACCUCAUCGACACGCCGGGCCACGUCGACUUCACGGCAGAGGUCGCCCGUGCUGUCCGUGUGCUCGACGGGGCGGUGGUGGUGCUCGACGGCCAGCGGGGGGUGGAGCCGCAGACGGAGAACGUCUGGCGACAGGCCAGCGAGGCCAUGCUGCCGAGGGUGCUCUUUGUCAAUAAGAUGGACAAACCCGACGCCAACCUGGUUUGUCGAGGGGGUGGGGGGCUUGAUGCCUGUGGUUGUAGUUGUGAUUGAGAUGUCACGGUGGCGGUGUGUUCGUGUGUUCGGUCAGGAGUACAGCGUGUCGAGUGUGUCGAGCCGGUUUGGGUGCAGGCCUGUGGUGCUGGUGGCGUCGGUGCCAUUCGACAGUGGCCCUGUCGAUGCGCUCGUCGACCUGUUCGACUUUCAGGUAGCCAGCCACCCACACACAGGACAGGACCUUCCUUCUCUGUGGUGUGAUGUAUGUCUGUCUGUCUGUCUGUCUGUCACACAGGCGUACCGUUAUGAGGCCACAGGGGUGCUGAAUCGCACCAGGAGGGCGGACACACCAUUGCCCAAGCAGUGGGACACCUCACAGCAGAUUCCAGACGCACUGGCGCCAUUCAAGAUCACACAAAUAGCGCUGCAGGUGAGAUGAGAGAGUGGGCGAGAGGGAGAGACACUGAGCGGGGGCUCAUAUCCUCACCUGUGUGUGUCUGUGUGCGUGUGUGUGUGUGUGUGUGUGUGUGAGAGUUUAGCGUCUGGUGGAUCAGAGGGUUGAGCUGCUGGAGACGGUUGCGGACCUCGAUGACGAGUUCGCUGAGCUAUACCUCAUGUAUGUGUCUGUGGAUGCAUCGACACACCGCACAGACAGAUGCGCCGCCAUACUUGCAGGGGGCUCUCUCUCUGUCUCUCUCUCUGUCUGUCUCUGUGUGUGUGCCAAUGAGUGCAGGAGUGACAGCUCCCCGCCCCGCGAGAAGUUCGACCAGGCCGUCAGACGUAUCACGCUCAAGCACAAAGGUCGGCUACCAUCGCCACCCCCCCACCCAUCCCUCCCUCCUUCCCUCCCUCCCUCCCUCCCUCCCUCCUCAGGUGUGCCUGUGUACUGCGGUUCUGCCUUACGCGACUGGGGUGUGGAUCUGCUGCUCAACGGGGUGGUGACGUGCCUGCCCUCCCCUUUGGACAGGACGCCCCCCCGUGUGCGGCCGUACAAUCCCACCACACACCUCAGUGUGUCGGGGGAGAGGGACAGGGACAAGGACAACAGGCUCAAGGUCAAGGGGCUGGUCAGCGCGCUGCCGACGUGUAUUGGGAAUGACCAACGGGUACGUGCCUGCCUCAAGUGGGGGUAAUAAGGGGCGGUUGAGGGAGGAUUCCUCAGUGCGUGUGUGUGUGUGGGGGCACGUGUGUGUGUCAGGUGUUGGUGCAGACGAACGUGAGUCCCUGUGCGCUGGCCUUCAAGGUCAUGUCGGACAAGAAGGGCGGACAGCUGGUCUUCUGCAGGGUCUACUCGGGUCUGUCAGUCAGUCCCACCAUCGAUCCCAGCCCCCCACACGCCUACGGAGAUCCUCCCUCCCUCCCUCCCUCCCUCCCUGCCCUCUUCGUAGGUGUGUUACGUGAGCGACAGCACCUGUACAACGCCACUCGCGGCGUCAAGGAGGCCAUCACACGCAUCUUCAGGGCACAUGCCGACCGCUUCGACAAGACCAACGCUCUCGCCGCAGGUAGGGUAGGGUAACCAAUCAACACCUGCAUCCACCCAUGGAUAUAUGGAUGGACACGCCCAGCUGGCCACACGUGGAGUGGAUGGAUGUCUGUGGCGUAUGUGUGUGUGUGUGUGUCAUCAGGCGACAUCGGCGUGUUGCAGGGCUGCCGGCAGACGCUCACGGGCGAUACUCUGCACGCCCUGACGAAGCCGGUGGAGCAGUCCUUCUAUGUGCUGGAGCACACAGGCACCGAGUGGGACCCACAGCCCGUCGCCUUUGCCGCUUUUGAGACCGAAAACGGUUGGUUUGUGGGCUGGGUGGGAUGUGCGUGUGGGUUGGUGAAUUUAUGGGUGCAGUAAGUAGCGGUGGCGGAUGGUCCUUGUGUGUGUGUGUGUGUGUGUGUGUGUAGCCAAGGAUGAGGAGAGGCUGCAGGUGGCGCUGAGGGAGCUGACGCUGGAGGACCCUUCUCUCCAGUUCCAUACCGACGUGCAGACCGGUCGGUCAGUGAAUAUGCGAAGAGACGCAGAGUGACAGACAUGGUGUGGUGUGUGGUUGUGGUUGUGGUUGUGGUUGCGUGUUUAGGUCAGUAUCUGAUGUGGGGCUUGGGUGAGCUGCACCUGCAAAUCGUCAAGGAAAGGCUCGUGGCCGACUGCGGUACGGGACAGGCAGGAAUGGCAUGCCGCAUGAGUGAGUGCAUCCUCCCCUCCAUUAUGUGUGUCUAUGUGUGUGUGUGUUGCUUGCUUCAUCCACACACACAUACACACACAUACACACACCACACAGGUCUGAGCGUCAAGAUGGGCAAGGUGGAAGUGGGAUACAAGGCAAGCAGCCAUCCAUCCAUCCAUCCAUACGGCUCUUCCUCUCUCUCUCUCCCUCUCUCUCUCAGGAGUAUUUGGAGGAACCGGCGAGUGGCUCGCUGGUCGACCAGCUCACACAAGGAAGUACGACACUCCCACACCCACACCCACAGGAAGAGAGAGAGGCGCAUCGCAUCCACACAGCAGCCAGGUUUUGUGCAUCCGCCCAUCAAUCAGACCGGGCCGCGUCAGUGGAGAUCAGCCUGCGUCUGGAGCCGCUGCCCCUGCCGGACCCCUAUGAACUCAGGGAACCACCAACCUCCACCUCUCCCUCUCCCUCUCCCUCUCCCUCUGACGACACCACAUCCACACAGGCAUCAUCGGCUGAUGAACAUGGUGCAGACGUGGCGGCCGAGAUAAGCAUGGCCCCACUGAGCGAGGCUGCAUACGCCAGCCAAGUGGGCACGCACAGAGAGAGAGACAGAGAGAGAGAUCGGGGCCUGGUGGCUGGUAUGUUGAAUGGUGUGUCUUUAGGUGAGUGUGGAGGUGAGCCCGCUGUCGCGCGAAUCGCUCAUCGACGUCCCCGGCGACGCGCUGGAAGGUGAUUGACUGACGGGAUGGGAUGGAUGUGUCAAUGUGUGUGAUGGGAACGCACCCCAUCUGCCCCUGGUGUGUACUGCAGCUGCCGAGAAGACGUUGAGCGAUGCGCUGAGCUCGGGGCCUCUCCUGGGAUACCCAAUGGUGUCACUGCAGGUAUGUAGCAGACACACCCAGACACACACAUGGGGUGCUGUCUUGGGAUGCAUGCCAUGCAGCCGUGGGUGUGUGUGUGUGGAGUGUAGGCGACGGUCGAUUCCAUCAAGUGGAACCAGUUCUCCACCAUUGGAGGUGAGAUGACACACAAGACGCUGCUGCACCAUCUCACCUCUGCUUGCUGUCGCUGCUGGCUGUGUGGCAGCGGUUCGUUCGUGUGCCGCCAAGCUGUUCCGGAGCCUGGUCAAGGGCCGGUCGGUGAGCCUGCUGGAGCCCCUGAUGAAGGUCGAGGUGGUCACACCCGACACACACCUCGGCAGCAUCCUCUCAGAACUGGUAUGCACGUACGUGUCAUGACGCCGAUUCUGAUGCACACGGAGAGCGAAAAGCGCUGUGUGUGUGUGCGGUUGCGGGAUGGAUGGAUGGAUCUGGGGUUCAGACGAGCUUCCGCCGAGGUCACAUCGUGUCGGUCUCGACGUAUGAGGACCCCCUGGCGAGCAGGAAGACCACCACGACCGCCUCCUCGUCGCGAUCGGACGCUGUGAGGCUGUCCAAAAUCAAUGCUGUGGUACGGUACGGUGCCGCACGCCAGCCAGCCAUCCAGACAGACAGACACGCCGACGGAUGGAUGGAUGGAUGGGUACAGGUGCCCCUGAGCACGCUUGAGGGCUAUUCAGCGGUGCUCCGGUCCAACAGCCGCGGGACUGCCCACUUCACCAUGACCCCCCACGGCUACGCUCCAGUGCCCGAAGACCUAGAGGAGCAGGCACGUACCCCUCCCCUACCCUCUGCCCCCCGAACAAACCUCACCACACAGACCUACCUUCAUUCUGUCUGUCUGUCCGUGCACCGCGAUGCAGAUCCUGACUGAGGCACGUGGGCUGCGCAGCUUGGGUCUCCCGUCAGAGAGGGAGAGGGAGAGGGAGGAGGCUGCAGAAGAAGGAGAGGAGGGAGAGGAGGGAGAGGGUAAGGUUGAGGAGGGGAUGGUGUACCUGGAGGGCGAGGAGCACGGCACCGUCAUCGUCGAGGAGGACGAGCAGCUCAAGUGGUCCUCAAAGGCGCUACACCAGGACACUCACCCAGGUAGGGUACACAGACAGACAGACGCGCAGAAAUGCUAGCUGCCACUGCAGCCGGACGUGUGUGUACCUGACCUGCGAUUGUCUGUGCCUCGUCUCUCAUGCAGAGCGGACGGAGGGCCAUGGAAAGGCGCACGGACGGUCAUCGGAGAGAAAGCUCUGAUAUAUCGAUGUCUAUCGUGAUCGAAUAGAUAGAUAGAUGGACCGACCGGCGCCGCAUUUUCGUCGUGUGUGUAGUGUAGUGUGUCUUGCAAGGCAGCCGGGCCAGCUGCUUAGGCAGCUCGAUAGGUCAGACAGGAUGGCAGUAGCUAGUUGUGCCGCCAUGUUAUCUAUUGGUCAUGCAGUUAGCCGUGUUUGGUCUUAUGUCUCUCUGCCGGUAUACAGACAUAUAUCGGUCAGGACAGCGGCGGCAGCCAGGCAGGAAGGAUCUGUUGUGUGUUUCUUGCGUGCGUGUAUGUGACGCAGCAAGCAAUGUCUGUAUAGUAG